UUCGUGGAAAUCCUAAAACUCUCUCAACUCAACCUCUCUGUGCAUUUUAUUGGUGACGUGUCGGUUGAUGGCUGGUACCGACAAGUGAACCCGUUUCAGUCUGUUUGGCUCAUUUCUCUUGUUCUCCCCGAUAAGCUUCGAGCUUUCGUCAUUGCCCUGGCCCGUAGCAACGCCAGAUCACCAAUUUUCCUUUGCAUCAAUCGACGCUUCCAUUGAGGUAGGUUUGUCGCUUGUGGUCUAGAAUUUCCAUUCUUUCCCUUCUUGCUUCCUUCUAUAUCUCUCUGCGCCGGCGCCAUCUCCUGCACAUCUUCAUGCAGCUGUGUGGCUGCCUUAUCUUUCCCGGCUUCAGCUUCCCUCCCUCUCUCUCCCCUCCAUUCUCGCGCACGAACCAGUUUUCUUAUUAUCGCUAGCAGCUUGGCUCCUGUCUUUGUUAAUCCAUGCAUGGCUCACCAGGUAGCAGGUAUAAAACCCACUAGUGCCGCCUCUUUUCUGAGUUCAAUUGAGCCUCUAUACUCCUCUUGCCACUCCACUCCCAUCAUGGUCUCUCCCGCGCCUUCUUCGUCGCCUCUUUCCGACGGCCACCUCAAUGGCACCAACACCCUUCCCAUGCGGACGGGGCCGAAACUCUACGGGAGCAACGAUGGUUCUCAGUCAGGAGCUGGAACUCCUCUUGGUUUCCAAAGACACCCCCACAAUAAGAUCCUUGACAAUGUAGCUGGCUCCAGCGUGCGCCAACCAUCGCCGCAGCCCACACAUCUGGCCAUCCCCGGUGGUGGCCAGCAUCGCAUUCUCUCCGAGGAAGACCCCGGCUAUGUGGCGGCCAAAUUCGAAGGGAAGGAAAAGCAAAUGGAGCAAGUCAUGGAUCAGCUGGAGAAGAAAGGCUUCAUUCCCAUUGAAUUUGUCGUCGGAGAAACCGAGUGGUUCUACAACCAGCUCGGUAUUGACGACACAUACUUCCAGACCGAGUCUGUGGACGCUAUCGUCACGCAGAUUCUCUCGCUAUAUGCUGCCAAGGUUGCAGCUUAUGCCCGUGACGACAAGAAGCUCGAAAUCCGGUUGGAUAAGGAAGCAGAAGAUCAUGCUGUCUACAUUGAUACCAGCAAGCCCGGUAUCGCAACAGUCGAAGGCCCCGGGUAUGAACAGCGGAUUGAUAAGAAGUAUAUCAACCCCUCGACUCAAGGCAACAGCUAUCGCGUUGAGACCUUCCGUUCCCCGACACCUAUCCCCGGUGAUGAUGGGCAACAGCUCCGUUGUUACUUCGUGUACAAGUGCCAGUUUGCCAACCCUAAUCCCGAUCCGUACGAGACCAACAUCGAUAUCAUCGGCGAAAAGAGGUUCCUGCAGAAAGCCACCCCUAACACCAAGGCGAUCUACCAGGAAAUCAUCAGCAAUGCCGUGAGCCGCUCCGGCCCGGUUAUUGAGCUGUUUGAGAUUGAAAAGAGCCGCGAAAAGAGACUAGUCAUUGCCUACCGCCAAGGCUCUGCCAUGGGGCUUUUCAGCGCGCUCUCCGAUCUGUACCACUACUACCGCCUGACCAGCUCACGGAAGUACCUGGAGAACUUCUCCAACGGCAUCACGGUGAUUUCGCUUUACCUGCGUCCUCUUCCUAACAAGGAGAUUGCCGCCAAGUAUCCCCCGAUUGAGGCUGCCAUCCACCAGAUCAUCAAGGAAGUCUCCCUUUUGUACUGCAUUCCGCAGAACAAGUUCCAGCACCAUUUCGCCAGUGGCCGCCUUAGCUUGCAGGAAACAAUCUAUGCCCACUGCGCCUGGGUGUUCGUGCAGCAGUUCCUGAACCGACUGGGCUCCGAAUACAUCUCCCUGACAGAUCUUUUGGAUUCGAACAACAGCGUCCAUGCGGAGCUGUUGGCGAAGAUCAAGAAGAGGUUGCGUACCGAGACGUUCACCUCGGACUACAUCUUGGAGAUCGUCAACAAGUACCCGGAACUCAUCCACAAACUUUACUUGGACUUCGCCAACACGCAUUACGUGCAAACGCGGGGUCCCGCCGAGGAUGACUUCCUCCCCACCCUGAGUUACCUGCGUCUGCAGGUUGACGAGGUGUUGGACGGCCACAAGCUGAAGCAGCUCAUCUCGAGUACUGCGGCCAAUGAACAUGACGAAAUGGUCAUGAGUGCCUUCCGCGUGUUCAACGCCUCCAUCCUCAAGACCAACUUCUUCACCCCAACCAAGGUUGCUCUCAGCUUCCGACUCAACCCCGACUUCUUGCCGGAACAUGAGUAUCCCCAGCGCCUCUACGGUAUGUUCUUGGUAAUCAGCUCCGAGUUCCGUGGAUUCCACUUGCGAUUCCGGGAUAUUGCUCGUGGCGGCAUCCGUAUUGUCAAGAGUCGGAACAAGGAGGCCUACAGUAUCAAUGCGCGCUCACUAUUCGACGAGAACUACAACCUUGCCAAUACUCAGCAACGCAAGAACAAGGAUAUCCCCGAAGGUGGCGCAAAGGGUGUGAUCCUGCUUGACGUUAACCAUCAGGAUAAGGCCCGCGUGGCUUUCGAGAAGUACAUCGACAGUAUCUUGGACCUGCUGCUGCCUCCUGUCAGCCCGGGAAUCAAGGACCCGAUUGUGGACUUGCAUGGCAAGGACGAGAUUCUGUUCAUGGGACCCGACGAGAACACGGCCGAACUGGUCGACUGGGCCACGGAACAUGCCCGCAACCGCGGUGCCCCCUGGUGGAAGUCGUUCUUCACGGGCAAGAGCCCCAAGCUCGGCGGUAUCCCUCAUGAUACCUAUGGCAUGACGACCCUGUCGGUCCGUCAGUAUGUGCUUGGUAUCUACCGCAAGCUGAAGAUCGACCCGAGCACCAUCCGAAAGUUGCAGACUGGUGGGCCUGACGGCGAUCUGGGCUCUAACGAGAUCCUCCUGUCCAAUGAGAAAUACACCGCCAUUGUCGACGGGUCCGGUGUGAUCGUUGAUCCCCAGGGGCUGAAUCAUGAGGAGCUUGUCAGACUCGCCAAGAAGCGGGCAACCAUCUCUGAGUUCGACCUGUCGAAGCUCUCACCCAAGGGUUAUCGGGUUCUGGUUGAUGAAAGCAACGUUCAUUUGCCAAGUGGCGAGCUGGUCCACAAUGGUAUGAUUUUCCGCAACCUGUUCCAUCUGCGUCGUGACCAGCAAUAUGAUACAUUCGUGCCUUGCGGUGGACGACCUGAGUCUAUUGAUCUCUCCACCGUUGGAAAACUCAUCAAGGACGGAAAGGCCACCAUCCCGUACAUUGUCGAGGGUGCAAACUUGUUCAUUACACAAGACAGCAAGCUUCGCCUCGAGAGGGCUGGUUGCAUCCUGUUCAAGGAUGCUUCUGCCAACAAGGGAGGUGUAACAUCCUCCUCAUUGGAGGUCCUGGCUUCCCUGUCUUUCGACGACGAAGAGUUUGUGGAGAACAUGUGCAUCCGCGAGGAUGGUACCGUGCCCACAUUCUACAGUGAAUAUGUCAAGCAGGUGCAGGAGGUCAUCAAGUCAAAUGCUACUCUCGAGUUUGAAGCGAUUUGGCGCGAACAUGAGCAGACAGGAUUGCUUCGCAGCGUCCUGAGCGACCGUCUCAGUGUUGCCAUCACUCAAUUGGAUGAAGAACUUCAGAAGACAGAGUUGUGGGACAAUGUUGAGCUUCGCCGCUCCGUCCUCCACGAUGCUCUGCCGAACCUCCUUCUGCAGAAGAUUGGUCUCGACACCAUCCUUCAGCGGGUGCCGGAGAACUAUCUGAGAGCCAUCUUUGGUAGCUACCUUGCCAGCCGCUUCGUGUAUGAGUAUGGUAGCAGCCCGAGCCAGUUCUCCUUCUUUGACUUGUAAGUCGUUCAUUUCCCUCUCAGAACAUUUGAUGCAUUUUUCUAAUGAUGACUACAGCAUGACCAAGCGUAUUGCGCAGCUCAACGCGAAACACGACUCU